CGGAGGAGGCGGAGGGGGGCCCGUGCUAAUUACAUAAGCAAAACGUAAAUAAUUCGCGGGAAAAAGUGAAAAAGAUGGCGCCCCGCCUCACCCGCCUGCAGCGCUGCUAGCCGGGGCGCAGCCGGGGGCGGCAUGGGGGGGACCCCGCGCCCCGGGCACUGAGCCGGCCGCGGGCAAGCGCUCUGCGCCCCCCGCCCGGCGCUGAGCCCCGAGGACUUGGCGGAGCGCCAAUCACAGCUCUGUGGGCGACCGGCUCCUAGUGUCUGCUGGGGCUCAUGGAGAACGGCACACACAACCCAAUCAUCCGAGAUGUCUAUGCAGCUGCCAGCCACCUGCAACAAGCAGCGGUCAACUCUUCUGCGAAUGGGAGUGGCUGCAAAGAUCUGAUGGUCAAACUGACAGAGGGGCAGUAUGUGCUCUGCAGGUGGACUGAUGGACUCUAUUACAUUGGAAAGAUCAAGAGGGUAAGUGGCUCCAAAAAGAGCUGUCUUGUGACCUUUGAAGAUAACUCCAAGUACUGGGUCCUCUGGAAGGAUAUUCAGCAUGCUGGUGUCCCUGGAGAAGAGCCGAAGUGUAACAUCUGCCUGGGAAAGACAUCAGGGCCCCUGAACGAAAUCCUCAUCUGUGGAAAAUGUGGUCUCGGUUAUCACCAGCAGUGCCACAUCCCGGUGGUGGACAGCAGCGACGGCCCCGUGCUGACGCCCUGGUUUUGUCGGAGAUGUAUAUUUGCCCUGGCUGUACGGAAAGGGGGCGCCCUGAAGAAGGGAGCCAUCGCCAAGACGCUGCAAGCCGUCAAGAUGGUGCUGUCCUAUAACCCGGAGCAGCUGGAAUGGGAUUCUCUGCACAGGACCAAUCCGCAGCAGUGUUACUGUUACUGCGGGGGCCCUGGAGAAUGGUACCUGAAGAUGCUGCAGUGUUACAGUUGCAGGCAGUGGUUCCACGAGGCCUGCACGCAGUGCCUUAGCGACCCCAUGAUGUUUGGAGACCGGUUUUAUGUUUUUUUCUGUGCGGUGUGUAACCAGGGGCCAGAAUACAUCAAGCGUCUGCCCUUGAGAUGGGUCGACGUUGUCCACCUGGCCCUCUAUAAUCUGGGCGUUCAGAGCAAAAAGAAGUACUUCGACUUUGAGGAAAUCCUAGCCUUUGUGAAUCACCACUGGGAUCCUUUACAGCUCGGAAAGCUGACCAGCACUCCGGCCUCCGAACGUGCUCCACACCUGCUCAAUGCACUCAACAGCUACAAAAGCAGAUUUUUGUGUGGUAAGGAAAUCAAGAAGAAGAAAUGCAUCUUUCGCCUGCGAAUUCGUGUCCCGCCAAACCCCCCAAGCAAGCUCCUGCCAGAGAAAGUACCAGGUUUGGGUGAGAAUGGAGCUUCUGAGCUGAAGAAGAGAGGAAAAAGCAAAUACGCCCAUAAAAACGGUUUGCUGCCGCAUGAAUUUCAACAGCAGAAAAGGCGAGUUGCUAGAAGAAAAAGAUCAAAAUUUUUGUUGGAGGAUGCUAUUCCCAGUAGUGACUUCACCUCGGCUUGGAGCACAAACCACCACCUGGCCAGCAUAUUUGACUUUACACUGGAUGAAAUUCAGAGCUUAAAAAGUGCCAGCUCAGGGCAGACUUUUCUUUCUGACCUGGAUUCCACAGAUGCUGCCAGCACAUCUGGCUCUGCGAUAACGAGCCUGUCUUACGAAUCGAGCAGAAGGAACGUGGGCAGCCGGAAACGAAAGCUGGCGGCUAAAGCCUACGCCCCAGUGGGGGGGAAGAGAAAAGGCAUUGAACAAGGCGGGCACCUGAACAGCUGCGCCUCAGAGAGCAGUGAGGCGGCCUGUGCCCCGGAGCGCCAGGAUGAUGGGAUUGACAGCCACACCUUGGAGAGCAUCAGCGAGGACGACUCCUCCCUCUCCCACCUCAAGUCCUCCAUCACCAACUACUUUGGAGCAGCCGGCAGGCUGGUGUGUGGGGAGAAGUACCAGGUGCUAGCCCGCAGGGUGACUCCGGAGGGGAAAGUCCAAUAUCUGGUGGAAUGGGAAGGCACCACCCCAUAUUGAUCCCUCUGGCUUGGACCAGCCUGGGAAACCUCUCCUAGAAUUAAAUAGAUCUAUCAAUCAAACAAAACCCAUGACCUAAACCAAAGGAGGCAAGGGAUGUGGAUGAGCAGGGCUCUCGCGCUGGCCGUGCACCGAUGCGGGAGAGUUUUGACCGCUCUCCUUACGCUUACAGUGAGUUGUGCAGGCGAGGUUUGAAAGGAACACUUACCGGUCUGGAGCAGGGGAUCUCUAGGGAACUGUGAAGGACUUAGGACAGGAUAUAGCGGAGGCAGUUGGACACGGCGAUUACAUCCAAACUUACUGUGAGCCGCGGCAUCGGGUGGCUAAAACUGAUCGAGUUCUUGUUUUUAAUGAUGGUUAUUUUAUUGGUCAUGUAUAUACAACUGGCUUCCCCGGGGGACCCUUUGGCUAAGCCAAGGGAGCCAUCUUUGUGGAAGUGAGCAAUUAGUUAUAUGGCUUUUCAUUGUGAUACUCUGCUGCACCAUAGAGGCAUGGUAGGCCCAUCCGAACCACCCAGCAUCUGGCUGAUAGUGCACACGUGUGUCUGAUGGAGCAGCUCUUGUGGUGAGAGGAAAGCAAAGAAGGAAGUUUGAGUGGAGAAAGGAAAACCAAUCUGUAUAGAGCUCAAACUAUCAUCCCUUCUAGUAACAAUAAAAAUGCUGUUAUGCAGAAGAACCACAUCUAAGUCCACCAGUGUCUUAUGAUCACAUACAAGCCUUAAAUAACAGACCCAACUGGUCUUGUUACUAAAGCAGAAAGCACCUCCAUAACCGGUUCUAUAAUGCCUAAGCACCCAAGUAUCACAUUCUUGUGCCGAUAGAAAAUGCUGGGCAAGAUGACUCUUGUCAAAGCAAUUAUAUAGUAUUUACCUCCUCAUCAGACACUCAUUCAUUAAUGGGAUACACACACACACACACACACACACACACUCACUCUUUUCGGCCAUUCACUUCCAGCCACAGGACAGGUUUACAUCACGGUUGCUAUUGUCCCAUGACGUUAAGAUGUAAAAUGAUGCAGUAGCUCCAUUUGCUUAUUCUUUUGACAAUCACAGUCUUGGAAUGAAUCUGACAAAUGACGUGAGCUUGCCUUAAAACCAAGGAGGGCAUUGUCUGGCACUGAUGGCAUCGUAAAUGAAAUGGAGCCAUGGGCAUUUAUUUUUGUAAAGAUCAUUGUGUUGAAUGCUGCCAAGUGAGUAGACAAGCCAAAAAAACCAGCCAAACAAAAAGCAAAACAAAGGAAAAGUGAUUGUAUCUCUGCGAAUGAAAGAGAAAUGUUUGUGUAGGGGGAGGGAAUUUCUGUUGCUGCUGCUUUUGGAUACGUAACAAUACAUAUUGCUAUUUGUAUUACCUGACAUAUACCAGCUGAACCAAAUCUUUCUACUUAGCGCUGCAUGAUCUCUGUCUUUGUUGCUCUUGCAUAUAUAAUGGAAGAAGAGGAUGUAGCCUUGCAGGGCAAGGAAGGGAGAGGAAAUGCAGUAACUUAAGAAUCAGAAGAACGAAUGUAAUAAAUUAUUGGAAGGCGAGCCAUGUUUUCCAUUAUUGGGAUUCAGAAAGUGACUUGCUAAGCUGAAUUCUGGGAUUCAGUUUGCCUACCUAAUAAUA